AUGGGGCCCCCGGGCAAUAGGGGAUCAUGGGGCCCCUGUGUCCUUGCCCAAACUCAAAAAAGCCUCCCGUUCAUGUGGGUGUGUCUAUUAACAACACCCCGAAAUCAUUUCGCAAAAUGCGGUGAGAUGUGCAGAAUUGUAUCGCAUGGGUGCAGGGGCGGACUGACAACUCAUGGGCCCCCGGGCAAUAGGGGAUCAUGGGGCCCCUGUGUCCUUACCCAAACUCAAAAAAGCCUAUGAAAAAGGUACCAGGGACAUCUCAUGGGGCCCCCUACUGACCCUGGGCCCUCAGGCAGUGCCUGAGUUUCCAAAUGGUCAGUCCGCCCCAUGC